AGUCGUAGUAACAUACACAAACUUAACCUUAAUGGAGCAGCGUCCCGUCAUUAUUUCGCAGACAUGUUACUGUUGUUAGUGUCGGUUUCCAGUGUCUUCGUUGGUUCAUCCGCUGAUGUUAGUUAUGAAAACCUGUGCUAUGGCAGAAGUUUGAACUUUCCUUUCGAUUAUGCACCCCCUGUUUUCCAUGGAAUGCUGUUCUUCACUCCGAGUAACGGGGGACCCAGGAAGCUAAUGAUGAAUAACGCGGAGGCAAAAGACCCACGCCUAAAAGUUAACUAUGGCUCAGUUCGAUUGACAGAUUUGACAGAAAGAGAUGAGGGAACUUUUUCCAUCUCACUUGAUGGUGAUAGACUAUACAGUAUCGUCAAACUGACUAUUGCUGAUUGUGCUACGCAGAUCAAUAGGCAUUACGGGGAUAUGUAUGAAUCUAAUAUUCCUAGAAAGGCUCAAUUCCUGGAGUUCACUCCCCUUGGCAAUCUGGACACAUCAGAGGUCCUGUGGAAUCGCUCCUACCCUCAGACCAAUAAGGGAGGCAGAGUGCAGGUGAAGCGUAAUAUGUGGGAGAUAUAUAACCUCAAUCAAGCAGACAACGGCUACUACAACUUCAGGGGAAGUGACAACACUUUGCUGUCUAGGAUACAGCUCUUAAUACAAGAACACUACAGACACUUUGAUGCAAAGGUGAAAAAGCUGCUCUACAUCAAGUAUCCUGUGGACUAUGCCUGGACGUGGUUGGCUUUUACUCCGGAGGGGAAAACGGUAAACGAAAUACUGAUGGACGGUCAGGACGUAGAGAGUGGCAGGCUCUUAAGGCCUGGGCGUUUUAAUGGGAGGAUUGAGCUCCUGCAAAAUGGCUUAGAAAUCAAUCCUGUGGAAAGCACAGACUCUGGCACCUUCAGCUUCAGAGACCAGCACGGAAAUCUGGUCUUCACUGUGAAGGUGGAGGUAAUGUCAGAAUUCAUUCCUGCAUCUGUGUAUGUUCCUAUCAUUGCCGUGAUUAUUAUUGUGGUGAUUGUUUGCUGUUGCUAUGUGAGAUACCGUCUGCGAGAUACGAAUCCAUCUGCAAGUUAUUCUGCUGCACCACCUACGUCUGCUUUCUCCAAUCAGUCUACAGAACCUACAGCUACCUCCCUUGGUCCAACAGUGUACAGCCCAGUGAAUAUCCAUAUGAGCUCUCCUAAGCCUGAGGCUGCUGUCCAAGGAGAUCAGGGAGAACCUUCAGCUCCCUCGGUAGGCUCUGAUUGGCUCUCCUCGGGCCCCGAGCCGAAGUUUGACGUGAAAGGACUGACGUUUCCCUCUGCCGGCCCUCUCAGCUCGGAGUCAACGUUCAGUGAUGUUUACACCUCAGAUAAACUUAACUUUCUGUGAGGAGCACACGCUGGGUUGAAUUCAGCAACAUGCUCUGUGACCAGCUGGAAUACAGCCAUUUCAGUUCAGUCCUAGACUGGAUUGUGUGAUUAUACACACAGUAACAACAAAAUUCCUGCAAGCCAGCAAAGCUGCGAUAGGUGUACAUUUAAUGACCAUGUAGACUGCAAGAAACAAAACACUCAGAACACUCACACUUUGCUGACUCAUGGGUUGACAGUACUUUUGGAUCUAACUUUAUUAGAUAUAUUUAGUAUGUAUAACAUACACAUAUUAUAUAUGAUGAUGAUGUUAUGGUGAGGACUAAAAAGUUAGUCUGUGUAGCAGAAUUUAGAGACUUUGGAUUCAAACUGACUUCAGCACUCAUGGAGAUCAGGAUACUUCACUUAACAAUUUAAGCCACUAUUACCAGAUUUACUUUUGUCAUAUACUAUUUUGAUAUAGUUGUUUCAAACAUUUAUCAUGUGGCUUCAGCUGCCUAAUGUGCCUGCGUGACUUUUAUCAUUACAUUUUGAGAAAUGAUGCAUGAUUUUUAAAAAAAAAAUCUAUUUUACACAUGUAAAUCCUACAGCUGAAAACUUUUUUGUAUAUGCUCCUCCUGUGCCUUGUUCAUCAGGUCAUGAGAUCAAUUUAAAAUUGUGUUAUUUGUGAUACCA